AUGACAACGUCACUUCUCCUCCGCCCGCGCUGGAUCGACCCGGUUAUGUUCCUCUUCGAUAACGGCGUCGGCGCGGACGACGCGAACAAGAACAUGGAGGGUUUUACGGGUGGCAACUUUGCCGCGAGCCAGUGCAGGAACCUGAUGGCUCACCCAGCGUCCCUCGCACCCAGUGCUGCCUACUCUUCGGGAGAGGUAGCCGCUGUGGACUCGGGUGAAGCCGGAAAACAGUGCAGUCCGUGUUCGGCAGCUCAAGGUUCGGCCAGUGCCUCGCUUCCCUAUGGGUACUUCAGUGGCGGUGGAUACUAUCCCUGUCGGAUGUCCCACCAUCACGGGGAUGGCGGUGGGGUAAAGUCGUGUGCACAAUCUCCCACCUCUGUUUCUCCUUACGGGGAAAAAUACAUGGACACGUCCGCCUCUUCAGGCGAGGACUAUGCCACCUCACGAGCCAAGGAGUUUGCAUUCUACCCAAGUUACGCCUCGAGCCCGUACCAACCAGUGCCUAGUUACCUGGAUGUGUCCGUCAUGCAGGCGAUGAGCGGGCCUGUGGAACCCCGGCACGAGCCCCUGUUGCCUGUAGAAAGUUACCAGCCAUGGGCAAUCACAACCAACAGCUGGAACAGUCAGGUCUACUGCGCCAAGGAGCAGUCACAGAGCGGACACAUGUGGAAGUCGUCCAUACCAGACGCUGUGUCUCAUGCAGGAACGGAUGUUGGCUCGUUCCGCCGAGGGAGGAAAAAGCGCGUGCCAUACACCAAGAUGCAACUAAAAGAGCUGGAGCGAGAAUACGCCGCUAACAAAUUUAUCACUAAAGACAAACGCAGGAGGAUAUCCACACAAACAAACCUGUCCGAACGACAGGUCACUAUCUGGUUUCAGAACCGACGAGUCAAAGAGAAAAAGAUUGUCAGCAAAGUGAAAAAUAGCAGUUAG